AUGGCUGGUGGUCGACGCAAUGGACGGGGUGGUGGGAAGACUGGAGGGAAGGUUAACGGCACUGCUAGUAACUCUCCUCUGACCAGCGCGGAGCGCUCCCCUGAGAAGAGUCCGCUGGUGUCUGCGCAAGCCUCACCUCUCCCCAAGGCGGCGGUGACCGACGUAUUGGGUGAUGCGGCGAAGAUCUCCUUGCAGGAGCGUCUGUCUGCACUGAAGGUCAACGGGCUUAAGGACAAUGAGGACGACAAUGAGACUCAGCAUCCGCAGGCGACGCUGGACAAAUCGACGGGAAUAGGGUCGUCGGCAGAAAAUCGGAGGCUGAUGGGAUUCUGGGCGAACACCCCGCUUACCGAUGCAUUCCGCUAUGCGCACCCUGGAAAGAGGGAGUACACGUUCCACAUGAGGUCAAAGGGGGUGAGCACCAGAAUUGACCGCGCGCUGGUGUCGCAGCCGCUGUUAUGCAAGCUGGUGGAGGUACGGCAUGCAGAUAUCACGAAUAAAAUGACAGACCACUGGAGUGCGGUGGUGGUGGUGCUAGAGUCAUCGGCGGCGGUCGACAGGGGUCCCGGCAUCUGGCGGCUCAGGGCUGCUCAGGCAAAGAAGAGAGGGGUCAGGAAUCGGGUGGAACGGGUGCUUAAGGAUGCUGACGGUGAUCUCGGUGUGAUGCUGCCCAGGCUGACGGCGUGUCUGCGGGCGUACACAAGGGAAGAAAAAAAGAGGGUCGGGGCAACAAAAAGGCACUUGGAAAGGGAGAUAAAGAUCUUCAGGCAGCGGCUGUCACAGAACCCGAAUUGUAAGCGGACGGGAGCAAUUCUGCUAAAAAAAGAGGAGCUGCUUGACGCGUAUGAAAGGAGUCACCAGGAAAAGCUGCAGGAGUGGCUUGGGGUGAAGGCAGAGCUGGACGGGGAAGCAACAACAGGUUUCCUGUCUGGGAAGGUGAAGAUGCGCAAGGCAAAAACGGAGAUGUCAGCUGUUACUUUCAAGGGGAAAACCCAUUCGGGCGCAAGGGAGGUUCUUGCGGCGGCGACAGAUUUUUUCAGGGACUCAUUCGGCAGGAGUGCGGAGACAAGCAACUCAGAGCCGAGAGUCAUGAGCCGGACGCUGUGUGAAGCCAGCCGUAAUGCCCUCAGCGCGCCAUGGUCGGAGGAAGAAGUUCGGACGGCGGUGCGAGAGCUGGCCCCAGGGAAGUCACCUGGGCAAGACGGCCUUCCCAAGGAACUCUUCGAACACAACUGGGACUUGCUCGGCCCUGUGCUGAUGAAAUUUGUCGGUGACUUCACGCGGUCGGCGGAGCUUCCUCGAGAUAUCUCAACCGCGGUCACAAUCCUGCUGCACAAGAAGGGGAGCAAGGAGGAGUUAGGGAACUAUAGGCCAAUCACGUUGCUGAGCACGGUCUACAAAUUACUGGCGAAAGUAAUGGCGACAAGGUUUAAGAAGGUGUUGCACGAGGUGAUUUCGGAGGAACAGGUGGGCUUCUUACCCGGGCUGAAGCUGGCGGACGCUGUUGCGGUGGUGGCUGACGCAAUCGAGGCAGGGGCCACUGGCGGGAAAGAUUGGUUUCUGCUGAUGGUCGAUUUCCAGAAGGCCUUCGACUCCAUCUCGAGGCCCUUCCUCUUCAGCACGCUGCGAGGGAUGGGAGUUCCGGAAGUUUUUGUGUCGUGGGCAGAGGGUCUGCACACAGGAGCAGGAACGAGACUGCACAUUAACGGUUGGACAGGCGACAGAGUUGCAGUAGAACGACAGUGGUGUUCCCGCUCGGGAAAAACAGAGGGAGACUCCCGCCGGCGCCUGCAGUACAAAUGGGCUGAUAAGGAUGCACCGGAGAGGCUGCUGGGUGUCUGGAUCACCCCGAACGGUGAUCCACUCCCGUCCUGGGAAAAGGCGUUGGACAGGGCACGAAAAGAAUUAGCCAAGUGGGAGAUUCAGCACCUAACCACGUCGGCAAGGGUCACGAUAAUCAACGGCUAUAUCUCGCCCAUUUUCAUGUUUCAAGCCUACAUUUGCCCGCCGCCGGAGGAGGUAUGGACAAAGAUCAAGAGGAUCUGUCACAACUUCGUGUCGGGGGCCGAGGCGACGGACGAGAAGGCCUUCAUUCUCUGGAACUACGAGCUGAUCUGCACACCAAGGGAGGAGGGGGGGCUGGGGAUGAUCUGCCCCAAGAAACGGUUUGACAGCAUAGCGGUGCAUAAUGUUGGGCGCAUGAUGCUGCAAGCAGCCUCAGUCAAGAGGUGGUUGAUGGAACAGGCAGCGACGAUGCCCUUGGGCCCGGACACGAUUUACGCCCACCACUCCCUGCUGAAGCACUGGACGAAUGGCAGCAAGCGAUGGAAGGAUAUGGUGCAAGCGUUUUGGAAAUCGCCUUUCUGCGCCACACCGGAACCAGAGAAUCGCUGGGAGGUGGAGCGAGAGCAGCUGGCUUUCAACAGACGCAUACCUUUCCGGGGGAGCAGCCCUUUCGGGAAUCAGAAAGGCUCGCUACGCUUACUGGGGCUGACGAUGGGCGAUCUGAUCUGGCGACGGGAGGAUGGCUCGCGGGAGCUGAAAAGCGAAGCCGCUCUGGCAAGCGAGCUCGGGAGCACAGAGACGGCGAAGCUGGCUCGGAAAGCCUUCGAGGCGGCGCUGGCCAGAUGGAGGGAAUUACUGCUGGAAACCCUGACGAGUGGAGAGAUCGCGGCUAAAGUCCCUCUGCUGCGGCAUCAGAGGAAUGGGGCUUCACGCCCUACGCUCUGGAAAGUUAGCGGCACGGACAACGGCAAGGUGGUGGGGGUGCUGUGUCAUGAAGGCGCUGGUGGAUCUUUCACAGUCGGGAGCGGUAAACACCCGGUCCGCUUCGGGCUGCAAAGCGGGGAGCCGGUGGCAGCUGCGGGGGACAAGGUGCUGGGGCUGAUGGCACAAGCAGCACAAGCAGCACAAGCAGCACAAGCAGCACAAGCAGCACAAGCAGCACAAGCAGCACAAGCAGCACAAGCAGCACAAGCAGCACAAGCAGCACAAGCAGCACAAGCAGCACAAGCAGCACAAGCAGCACAAGCAGCACAAGCAGCACAAGCAGCACAAGCAGCACAAGCAGCACAAGCAGCACAAGCAGCACAAGCAGCACAAGCAGCACAAGCAGCACAAGCAGCACAAGCAGCACAAGCAGCACAAGCAGCACAAGCAGCACAAGCAGCACAAGCAGCACAAGCAGCACAAGCAGCACAAGCAGCACAAGCAGCACAAGCAGCACAAGCAGCACAAGCAGCACAAGCAGCACAAGCAGCACAAGCAGCACAAGCAGCACAAGCAGCACAAGCAGCACAAGCAGCACAAGCAGCACAAGCAGCACAAGCAGCACAAGCAGCACAAGCAGCACAAGCAGCACAAGCAGCACAAGCAGCACAAGCAGCACAAGCAGCACAAGCAGCACAAGCAGCACAAGCAGCACAAGCAGCACAAGCAGCACAAGCAGCACAAGCAGCACAAGCAGCACAAGCAGCACAAGCAGCACAAGCAGCACAAGCAGCACAAGCAGCACAAGCAGCACAAGCAGCACAAGCAGCACAAGCAGCACAAGCAGCACAAGCAGCACAAGCAGCACAAGCAGCACAAGCAGCACAAGCAGCACAAGCAGCACAAGCAGCACAAGCAGCACAAGCAGCACAAGCAGCACAAGCAGCACAAGCAGCACAAGCAGCACAAGCAGCACAAGCAGCACAAGCAGCACAAGCAGCACAAGCAGCACAAGCAGCACAAGCAGCACAAGCAGCACAAGCAGCACAAGCAGCACAAGCAGCACAAGCAGCACAAGCAGCACAAGCAGCACAAGCAGCACAAGCAGCACAAGCAGCACAAGCAGCACAAGCAGCACAAGCAGCACAAGCAGCACAAGCAGCACAAGCAGCACAAGCAGCACAAGCAGCACAAGCAGCACAAGCAGCACAAGCAGCACAAGCAGCACAAGCAGCACAAGCAGCACAAGCAGCACAAGCAGCACAAGCAGCACAAGCAGCACAAGCAGCACAAGCAGCACAAGCAGCACAAGCAGCACAAGCAGCACAAGCAGCACAAGCAGCACAAGCAGCACAAGCAGCACAAGCAGCACAAGCAGCACAAGCAGCACAAGCAGCACAAGCAGCACAAGCAGCACAAGCAGCACAAGCAGCACAAGCAGCACAAGCAGCACAAGCAGCACAAGCAGCACAAGCAGCACAAGCAGCACAAGCAGCACAAGCAGCACAAGCAGCACAAGCAGCACAAGCAGCACAAGCAGCACAAGCAGCACAAGCAGCACAAGCAGCACAAGCAGCACAAGCAGCACAAGCAGCACAAGCAGCACAAGCAGCACAAGCAGCACAAGCAGCACAAGCAGCACAAGCAGCACAAGCAGCACAAGCAGCACAAGCAGCACAAGCAGCACAAGCAGCACAAGCAGCACAAGCAGCACAAGCAGCACAAGCAGCACAAGCAGCACAAGCAGCACAAGCAGCACAAGCAGCACAAGCAGCACAAGCAGCACAAGCAGCACAAGCAGCACAAGCAGCACAAGCAGCACAAGCAGCACAAGCAGCACAAGCAGCACAAGCAGCACAAGCAGCACAAGCAGCACAAGCAGCACAAGCAGCACAAGCAGCACAAGCAGCACAAGCAGCACAAGCAGCACAAGCAGCACAAGCAGCACAAGCAGCACAAGCAGCACAAGCAGCACAAGCAGCACAAGCAGCACAAGCAGCACAAGCAGCACAAGCAGCACAAGCAGCACAAGCAGCACAAGCAGCACAAGCAGCACAAGCAGCACAAGCAGCACAAGCAGCACAAGCAGCACAAGCAGCACAAGCAGCACAAGCAGCACAAGCAGCACAAGCAGCACAAGCAGCACAAGCAGCACAAGCAGCACAAGCAGCACAAGCAGCACAAGCAGCACAAGCAGCACAAGCAGCACAAGCAGCACAAGCAGCACAAGCAGCACAAGCAGCACAAGCAGCACAAGCAGCACAAGCAGCACAAGCAGCACAAGCAGCACAAGCAGCACAAGCAGCACAAGCAGCACAAGCAGCACAAGCAGCACAAGCAGCACAAGCAGCACAAGCAGCACAAGCAGCACAAGCAGCACAAGCAGCACAAGCAGCACAAGCAGCACAAGCAGCACAAGCAGCACAAGCAGCACAAGCAGCACAAGCAGCACAAGCAGCACAAGCAGCACAAGCAGCACAAGCAGCACAAGCAGCACAAGCAGCACAAGCAGCACAAGCAGCACAAGCAGCACAAGCAGCACAAGCAGCACAAGCAGCACAAGCAGCACAAGCAGCACAAGCAGCACAAGCAGCACAAGCAGCACAAGCAGCACAAGCAGCACAAGCAGCACAAGCAGCACAAGCAGCACAAGCAGCACAAGCAGCACAAGCAGCACAAGCAGCACAAGCAGCACAAGCAGCACAAGCAGCACAAGCAGCACAAGCAGCACAAGCAGCACAAGCAGCACAAGCAGCACAAGCAGCACAAGCAGCACAAGCAGCACAAGCAGCACAAGCAGCACAAGCAGCACAAGCAGCACAAGCAGCACAAGCAGCACAAGCAGCACAAGCAGCACAAGCAGCACAAGCAGCACAAGCAGCACAAGCAGCACAAGCAGCACAAGCAGCACAAGCAGCACAAGCAGCACAAGCAGCACAAGCAGCACAAGCAGCACAAGCAGCACAAGCAGCACAAGCAGCACAAGCAGCACAAGCAGCACAAGCAGCACAAGCAGCACAAGCAGCACAAGCAGCACAAGCAGCACAAGCAGCACAAGCAGCACAAGCAGCACAAGCAGCACAAGCAGCACAAGCAGCACAAGCAGCACAAGCAGCACAAGCAGCACAAGCAGCACAAGCAGCACAAGCAGCACAAGCAGCACAAGCAGCACAAGCAGCACAAGCAGCACAAGCAGCACAAGCAGCACAAGCAGCACAAGCAGCACAAGCAGCACAAGCAGCACAAGCAGCACAAGCAGCACAAGCAGCACAAGCAGCACAAGCAGCACAAGCAGCACAAGCAGCACAAGCAGCACAAGCAGCACAAGCAGCACAAGCAGCACAAGCAGCACAAGCAGCACAAGCAGCACAAGCAGCACAAGCAGCACAAGCAGCACAAGCAGCACAAGCAGCACAAGCAGCACAAGCAGCACAAGCAGCACAAGCAGCACAAGCAGCACAAGCAGCACAAGCAGCACAAGCAGCACAAGCAGCACAAGCAGCACAAGCAGCACAAGCAGCACAAGCAGCACAAGCAGCACAAGCAGCACAAGCAGCACAAGCAGCACAAGCAGCACAAGCAGCACAAGCAGCACAAGCAGCACAAGCAGCACAAGCAGCACAAGCAGCACAAGCAGCACAAGCAGCACAAGCAGCACAAGCAGCACAAGCAGCACAAGCAGCACAAGCAGCACAAGCAGCACAAGCAGCACAAGCAGCACAAGCAGCACAAGCAGCACAAGCAGCACAAGCAGCACAAGCAGCACAAGCAGCACAAGCAGCACAAGCAGCACAAGCAGCACAAGCAGCACAAGCAGCACAAGCAGCACAAGCAGCACAAGCAGCACAAGCAGCACAAGCAGCACAAGCAGCACAAGCAGCACAAGCAGCACAAGCAGCACAAGCAGCACAAGCAGCACAAGCAGCACAAGCAGCACAAGCAGCACAAGCAGCACAAGCAGCACAAGCAGCACAAGCAGCACAAGCAGCACAAGCAGCACAAGCAGCACAAGCAGCACAAGCAGCACAAGCAGCACAAGCAGCACAAGCAGCACAAGCAGCACAAGCAGCACAAGCAGCACAAGCAGCACAAGCAGCACAAGCAGCACAAGCAGCACAAGCAGCACAAGCAGCACAAGCAGCACAAGCAGCACAAGCAGCACAAGCAGCACAAGCAGCACAAGCAGCACAAGCAGCACAAGCAGCACAAGCAGCACAAGCAGCACAAGCAGCACAAGCAGCACAAGCAGCACAAGCAGCACAAGCAGCACAAGCAGCACAAGCAGCACAAGCAGCACAAGCAGCACAAGCAGCACAAGCAGCACAAGCAGCACAAGCAGCACAAGCAGCACAAGCAGCACAAGCAGCACAAGCAGCACAAGCAGCACAAGCAGCACAAGCAGCACAAGCAGCACAAGCAGCACAAGCAGCACAAGCAGCACAAGCAGCACAAGCAGCACAAGCAGCACAAGCAGCACAAGCAGCACAAGCAGCACAAGCAGCACAAGCAGCACAAGCAGCACAAGCAGCACAAGCAGCACAAGCAGCACAAGCAGCACAAGCAGCACAAGCAGCACAAGCAGCACAAGCAGCACAAGCAGCACAAGCAGCACAAGCAGCACAAGCAGCACAAGCAGCACAAGCAGCACAAGCAGCACAAGCAGCACAAGCAGCACAAGCAGCACAAGCAGCACAAGCAGCACAAGCAGCACAAGCAGCACAAGCAGCACAAGCAGCACAAGCAGCACAAGCAGCACAAGCAGCACAAGCAGCACAAGCAGCACAAGCAGCACAAGCAGCACAAGCAGCACAAGCAGCACAAGCAGCACAAGCAGCACAAGCAGCACAAGCAGCACAAGCAGCACAAGCAGCACAAGCAGCACAAGCAGCACAAGCAGCACAAGCAGCACAAGCAGCACAAGCAGCACAAGCAGCACAAGCAGCACAAGCAGCACAAGCAGCACAAGCAGCACAAGCAGCACAAGCAGCACAAGCAGCACAAGCAGCACAAGCAGCACAAGCAGCACAAGCAGCACAAGCAGCACAAGCAGCACAAGCAGCACAAGCAGCACAAGCAGCACAAGCAGCACAAGCAGCACAAGCAGCACAAGCAGCACAAGCAGCACAAGCAGCACAAGCAGCACAAGCAGCACAAGCAGCACAAGCAGCACAAGCAGCACAAGCAGCACAAGCAGCACAAGCAGCACAAGCAGCACAAGCAGCACAAGCAGCACAAGCAGCACAAGCAGCACAAGCAGCACAAGCAGCACAAGCAGCACAAGCAGCACAAGCAGCACAAGCAGCACAAGCAGCACAAGCAGCACAAGCAGCACAAGCAGCACAAGCAGCACAAGCAGCACAAGCAGCACAAGCAGCACAAGCAGCACAAGCAGCACAAGCAGCACAAGCAGCACAAGCAGCACAAGCAGCACAAGCAGCACAAGCAGCACAAGCAGCACAAGCAGCACAAGCAGCACAAGCAGCACAAGCAGCACAAGCAGCACAAGCAGCACAAGCAGCACAAGCAGCACAAGCAGCACAAGCAGCACAAGCAGCACAAGCAGCACAAGCAGCACAAGCAGCACAAGCAGCACAAGCAGCACAAGCAGCACAAGCAGCACAAGCAGCACAAGCAGCACAAGCAGCACAAGCAGCACAAGCAGCACAAGCAGCACAAGCAGCACAAGCAGCACAAGCAGCACAAGCAGCACAAGCAGCACAAGCAGCACAAGCAGCACAAGCAGCACAAGCAGCACAAGCAGCACAAGCAGCACAAGCAGCACAAGCAGCACAAGCAGCACAAGCAGCACAAGCAGCACAAGCAGCACAAGCAGCACAAGCAGCACAAGCAGCACAAGCAGCACAAGCAGCACAAGCAGCACAAGCAGCACAAGCAGCACAAGCAGCACAAGCAGCACAAGCAGCACAAGCAGCACAAGCAGCACAAGCAGCACAAGCAGCACAAGCAGCACAAGCAGCACAAGCAGCACAAGCAGCACAAGCAGCACAAGCAGCACAAGCAGCACAAGCAGCACAAGCAGCACAAGCAGCACAAGCAGCACAAGCAGCACAAGCAGCACAAGCAGCACAAGCAGCACAAGCAGCACAAGCAGCACAAGCAGCACAAGCAGCACAAGCAGCACAAGCAGCACAAGCAGCACAAGCAGCACAAGCAGCACAAGCAGCACAAGCAGCACAAGCAGCACAAGCAGCACAAGCAGCACAAGCAGCACAAGCAGCACAAGCAGCACAAGCAGCACAAGCAGCACAAGCAGCACAAGCAGCACAAGCAGCACAAGCAGCACAAGCAGCACAAGCAGCACAAGCAGCACAAGCAGCACAAGCAGCACAAGCAGCACAAGCAGCACAAGCAGCACAAGCAGCACAAGCAGCACAAGCAGCACAAGCAGCACAAGCAGCACAAGCAGCACAAGCAGCACAAGCAGCACAAGCAGCACAAGCAGCACAAGCAGCACAAGCAGCACAAGCAGCACAAGCAGCACAAGCAGCACAAGCAGCACAAGCAGCACAAGCAGCACAAGCAGCACAAGCAGCACAAGCAGCACAAGCAGCACAAGCAGCACAAGCAGCACAAGCAGCACAAGCAGCACAAGCAGCACAAGCAGCACAAGCAGCACAAGCAGCACAAGCAGCACAAGCAGCACAAGCAGCACAAGCAGCACAAGCAGCACAAGCAGCACAAGCAGCACAAGCAGCACAAGCAGCACAAGCAGCACAAGCAGCACAAGCAGCACAAGCAGCACAAGCAGCACAAGCAGCACAAGCAGCACAAGCAGCACAAGCAGCACAAGCAGCACAAGCAGCACAAGCAGCACAAGCAGCACAAGCAGCACAAGCAGCACAAGCAGCACAAGCAGCACAAGCAGCACAAGCAGCACAAGCAGCACAAGCAGCACAAGCAGCACAAGCAGCACAAGCAGCACAAGCAGCACAAGCAGCACAAGCAGCACAAGCAGCACAAGCAGCACAAGCAGCACAAGCAGCACAAGCAGCACAAGCAGCACAAGCAGCACAAGCAGCACAAGCAGCACAAGCAGCACAAGCAGCACAAGCAGCACAAGCAGCACAAGCAGCACAAGCAGCACAAGCAGCACAAGCAGCACAAGCAGCACAAGCAGCACAAGCAGCACAAGCAGCACAAGCAGCACAAGCAGCACAAGCAGCACAAGCAGCACAAGCAGCACAAGCAGCACAAGCAGCACAAGCAGCACAAGCAGCACAAGCAGCACAAGCAGCACAAGCAGCACAAGCAGCACAAGCAGCACAAGCAGCACAAGCAGCACAAGCAGCACAAGCAGCACAAGCAGCACAAGCAGCACAAGCAGCACAAGCAGCACAAGCAGCACAAGCAGCACAAGCAGCACAAGCAGCACAAGCAGCACAAGCAGCACAAGCAGCACAAGCAGCACAAGCAGCACAAGCAGCACAAGCAGCACAAGCAGCACAAGCAGCACAAGCAGCACAAGCAGCACAAGCAGCACAAGCAGCACAAGCAGCACAAGCAGCACAAGCAGCACAAGCAGCACAAGCAGCACAAGCAGCACAAGCAGCACAAGCAGCACAAGCAGCACAAGCAGCACAAGCAGCACAAGCAGCACAAGCAGCACAAGCAGCACAAGCAGCACAAGCAGCACAAGCAGCACAAGCAGCACAAGCAGCACAAGCAGCACAAGCAGCACAAGCAGCACAAGCAGCACAAGCAGCACAAGCAGCACAAGCAGCACAAGCAGCACAAGCAGCACAAGCAGCACAAGCAGCACAAGCAGCACAAGCAGCACAAGCAGCACAAGCAGCACAAGCAGCACAAGCAGCACAAGCAGCACAAGCAGCACAAGCAGCACAAGCAGCACAAGCAGCACAAGCAGCACAAGCAGCACAAGCAGCACAAGCAGCACAAGCAGCACAAGCAGCACAAGCAGCACAAGCAGCACAAGCAGCACAAGCAGCACAAGCAGCACAAGCAGCACAAGCAGCACAAGCAGCACAAGCAGCACAAGCAGCACAAGCAGCACAAGCAGCACAAGCAGCACAAGCAGCACAAGCAGCACAAGCAGCACAAGCAGCACAAGCAGCACAAGCAGCACAAGCAGCACAAGCAGCACAAGCAGCACAAGCAGCACAAGCAGCACAAGCAGCACAAGCAGCACAAGCAGCACAAGCAGCACAAGCAGCACAAGCAGCACAAGCAGCACAAGCAGCACAAGCAGCACAAGCAGCACAAGCAGCACAAGCAGCACAAGCAGCACAAGCAGCACAAGCAGCACAAGCAGCACAAGCAGCACAAGCAGCACAAGCAGCACAAGCAGCACAAGCAGCACAAGCAGCACAAGCAGCACAAGCAGCACAAGCAGCACAAGCAGCACAAGCAGCACAAGCAGCACAAGCAGCACAAGCAGCACAAGCAGCACAAGCAGCACAAGCAGCACAAGCAGCACAAGCAGCACAAGCAGCACAAGCAGCACAAGCAGCACAAGCAGCACAAGCAGCACAAGCAGCACAAGCAGCACAAGCAGCACAAGCAGCACAAGCAGCACAAGCAGCACAAGCAGCACAAGCAGCACAAGCAGCACAAGCAGCACAAGCAGCACAAGCAGCACAAGCAGCACAAGCAGCACAAGCAGCACAAGCAGCACAAGCAGCACAAGCAGCACAAGCAGCACAAGCAGCACAAGCAGCACAAGCAGCACAAGCAGCACAAGCAGCACAAGCAGCACAAGCAGCACAAGCAGCACAAGCAGCACAAGCAGCACAAGCAGCACAAGCAGCACAAGCAGCACAAGCAGCACAAGCAGCACAAGCAGCACAAGCAGCACAAGCAGCACAAGCAGCACAAGCAGCACAAGCAGCACAAGCAGCACAAGCAGCACAAGCAGCACAAGCAGCACAAGCAGCACAAGCAGCACAAGCAGCACAAGCAGCACAAGCAGCACAAGCAGCACAAGCAGCACAAGCAGCACAAGCAGCACAAGCAGCACAAGCAGCACAAGCAGCACAAGCAGCACAAGCAGCACAAGCAGCACAAGCAGCACAAGCAGCACAAGCAGCACAAGCAGCACAAGCAGCACAAGCAGCACAAGCAGCACAAGCAGCACAAGCAGCACAAGCAGCACAAGCAGCACAAGCAGCACAAGCAGCACAAGCAGCACAAGCAGCACAAGCAGCACAAGCAGCACAAGCAGCACAAGCAGCACAAGCAGCACAAGCAGCACAAGCAGCACAAGCAGCACAAGCAGCACAAGCAGCACAAGCAGCACAAGCAGCACAAGCAGCACAAGCAGCACAAGCAGCACAAGCAGCACAAGCAGCACAAGCAGCACAAGCAGCACAAGCAGCACAAGCAGCACAAGCAGCACAAGCAGCACAAGCAGCACAAGCAGCACAAGCAGCACAAGCAGCACAAGCAGCACAAGCAGCACAAGCAGCACAAGCAGCACAAGCAGCACAAGCAGCACAAGCAGCACAAGCAGCACAAGCAGCACAAGCAGCACAAGCAGCACAAGCAGCACAAGCAGCACAAGCAGCACAAGCAGCACAAGCAGCACAAGCAGCACAAGCAGCACAAGCAGCACAAGCAGCACAAGCAGCACAAGCAGCACAAGCAGCACAAGCAGCACAAGCAGCACAAGCAGCACAAGCAGCACAAGCAGCACAAGCAGCACAAGCAGCACAAGCAGCACAAGCAGCACAAGCAGCACAAGCAGCACAAGCAGCACAAGCAGCACAAGCAGCACAAGCAGCACAAGCAGCACAAGCAGCACAAGCAGCACAAGCAGCACAAGCAGCACAAGCAGCACAAGCAGCACAAGCAGCACAAGCAGCACAAGCAGCACAAGCAGCACAAGCAGCACAAGCAGCACAAGCAGCACAAGCAGCACAAGCAGCACAAGCAGCACAAGCAGCACAAGCAGCACAAGCAGCACAAGCAGCACAAGCAGCACAAGCAGCACAAGCAGCACAAGCAGCACAAGCAGCACAAGCAGCACAAGCAGCACAAGCAGCACAAGCAGCACAAGCAGCACAAGCAGCACAAGCAGCACAAGCAGCACAAGCAGCACAAGCAGCACAAGCAGCACAAGCAGCACAAGCAGCACAAGCAGCACAAGCAGCACAAGCAGCACAAGCAGCACAAGCAGCACAAGCAGCACAAGCAGCACAAGCAGCACAAGCAGCACAAGCAGCACAAGCAGCACAAGCAGCACAAGCAGCACAAGCAGCACAAGCAGCACAAGCAGCACAAGCAGCACAAGCAGCACAAGCAGCACAAGCAGCACAAGCAGCACAAGCAGCACAAGCAGCACAAGCAGCACAAGCAGCACAAGCAGCACAAGCAGCACAAGCAGCACAAGCAGCACAAGCAGCACAAGCAGCACAAGCAGCACAAGCAGCACAAGCAGCACAAGCAGCACAAGCAGCACAAGCAGCACAAGCAGCACAAGCAGCACAAGCAGCACAAGCAGCACAAGCAGCACAAGCAGCACAAGCAGCACAAGCAGCACAAGCAGCACAAGCAGCACAAGCAGCACAAGCAGCACAAGCAGCACAAGCAGCACAAGCAGCACAAGCAGCACAAGCAGCACAAGCAGCACAAGCAGCACAAGCAGCACAAGCAGCACAAGCAGCACAAGCAGCACAAGCAGCACAAGCAGCACAAGCAGCACAAGCAGCACAAGCAGCACAAGCAGCACAAGCAGCACAAGCAGCACAAGCAGCACAAGCAGCACAAGCAGCACAAGCAGCACAAGCAGCACAAGCAGCACAAGCAGCACAAGCAGCACAAGCAGCACAAGCAGCACAAGCAGCACAAGCAGCACAAGCAGCACAAGCAGCACAAGCAGCACAAGCAGCACAAGCAGCACAAGCAGCACAAGCAGCACAAGCAGCACAAGCAGCACAAGCAGCACAAGCAGCACAAGCAGCACAAGCAGCACAAGCAGCACAAGCAGCACAAGCAGCACAAGCAGCACAAGCAGCACAAGCAGCACAAGCAGCACAAGCAGCACAAGCAGCACAAGCAGCACAAGCAGCACAAGCAGCACAAGCAGCACAAGCAGCACAAGCAGCACAAGCAGCACAAGCAGCACAAGCAGCACAAGCAGCACAAGCAGCACAAGCAGCACAAGCAGCACAAGCAGCACAAGCAGCACAAGCAGCACAAGCAGCACAAGCAGCACAAGCAGCACAAGCAGCACAAGCAGCACAAGCAGCACAAGCAGCACAAGCAGCACAAGCAGCACAAGCAGCACAAGCAGCACAAGCAGCACAAGCAGCACAAGCAGCACAAGCAGCACAAGCAGCACAAGCAGCACAAGCAGCACAAGCAGCACAAGCAGCACAAGCAGCACAAGCAGCACAAGCAGCACAAGCAGCACAAGCAGCACAAGCAGCACAAGCAGCACAAGCAGCACAAGCAGCACAAGCAGCACAAGCAGCACAAGCAGCACAAGCAGCACAAGCAGCACAAGCAGCACAAGCAGCACAAGCAGCACAAGCAGCACAAGCAGCACAAGCAGCACAAGCAGCACAAGCAGCACAAGCAGCACAAGCAGCACAAGCAGCACAAGCAGCACAAGCAGCACAAGCAGCACAAGCAGCACAAGCAGCACAAGCAGCACAAGCAGCACAAGCAGCACAAGCAGCACAAGCAGCACAAGCAGCACAAGCAGCACAAGCAGCACAAGCAGCACAAGCAGCACAAGCAGCACAAGCAGCACAAGCAGCACAAGCAGCACAAGCAGCACAAGCAGCACAAGCAGCACAAGCAGCACAAGCAGCACAAGCAGCACAAGCAGCACAAGCAGCACAAGCAGCACAAGCAGCACAAGCAGCACAAGCAGCACAAGCAGCACAAGCAGCACAAGCAGCACAAGCAGCACAAGCAGCACAAGCAGCACAAGCAGCACAAGCAGCACAAGCAGCACAAGCAGCACAAGCAGCACAAGCAGCACAAGCAGCACAAGCAGCACAAGCAGCACAAGCAGCACAAGCAGCACAAGCAGCACAAGCAGCACAAGCAGCACAAGCAGCACAAGCAGCACAAGCAGCACAAGCAGCACAAGCAGCACAAGCAGCACAAGCAGCACAAGCAGCACAAGCAGCACAAGCAGCACAAGCAGCACAAGCAGCACAAGCAGCACAAGCAGCACAAGCAGCACAAGCAGCACAAGCAGCACAAGCAGCACAAGCAGCACAAGCAGCACAAGCAGCACAAGCAGCACAAGCAGCACAAGCAGCACAAGCAGCACAAGCAGCACAAGCAGCACAAGCAGCACAAGCAGCACAAGCAGCACAAGCAGCACAAGCAGCACAAGCAGCACAAGCAGCACAAGCAGCACAAGCAGCACAAGCAGCACAAGCAGCACAAGCAGCACAAGCAGCACAAGCAGCACAAGCAGCACAAGCAGCACAAGCAGCACAAGCAGCACAAGCAGCACAAGCAGCACAAGCAGCACAAGCAGCACAAGCAGCACAAGCAGCAUCUUCUACCAUUCCCCACAAUCGCGUCUUUGAAGGGGGGUGGGGUGGUAUGGCUGGGGCAUGGUGA